CUUAGAGCCUAAUCCCAGAAGUGACAUACUACCUCUUCUGCAGCAGUCUGUUGGUCAUACAGACCAACCCUAGUACAAUGUGGGGAGGAACUAUAUACCAUGGUGUGAACACUAGCAGGUCUUUAAGAGCCAUCCUCCUCGUGGUUGACAUCCACAACUAGGUUAAAUAGAACUAGGAGACAUGUAAAAAAGUGAAAGUAAGCAAGCUGGUGAAGGAGAAAUUGUUGGCAAAGGGACCAGACAGAAAAAGAUAACCUUAAUCCUUCCCCAAAUAUCAGCCUCUGAAAGAAUUUUUACUUGACUAUUGCAAAAUAAGAAAAAUAAGGACAGUGAAAAAGUAAAUUUCAUAAAAUUAAUUGUAUUCAAUUUAAAGGAUUACCUUUAAUUCUGUGAUUAUCCUUCCUAACUUUUUUAUGUUAAAAAUGUACUCUUUUAAGGAAGGCCAUAGUUAUUGUUAAGUAUAAUUAAUGCUAUAACUUGGCAACCUUAUGUCAGUUCCUAAAAUUUAAAAGCAACAAAAACUAGUGGUCUUAAAAUUCAUUAGCCUGAGAAUCACUGAUCCAGAUUAUUAAUAUAAGGAAAUUGAUACCCAGAAAGGGUCACUGACUUGCCUUAAGGUCUUCUGAUUUCUGGUUAGGCCUUGACUACUGUGAAGAAGAGUUUCUAAGUGUGGCAGAGGGCUUUGAGCAGAGGUGAAGUUGCAGAGAAAACUCAUGCACAGAGAGGAGAAUGAAACAAAUGUGCAGAAAGCACAAACCCAGGGACAGACAAUGCUGACAACUUUGCUGUGUGUGCAUCCAGUCCCUUCCUGAGGCCAGUGUCAGGAAAAAUUGUCAAAGACUGAAAUGAGCAAACAAGAUUGCUAGCUGUCUUGGGUUCUCUUUUAGCUACUUUACAGCCCUGAAUUGUAGAAUACUGACAGCAGUGCAGAUGAUGAUUGUUCAUGGAAUUGCAAGUUGUGUUAUGGGCAUUCAACCUCUUGCUGUCUGGUGGAUACUGUCCUGUUUUUGCUUUAUUUGUAAAUCCAGGAUUCCCGAUUACUUACAUGAGCAUGUGUUUCUUUUGAAUUCUCUUUGGUACCAGUUGUAACAUCUUUCUGGUUCCCUCAUUAAUUGAUGGGUUAAGUAAUAUCUUUGACACAUGUUCAUUUUAUAUUUAUUUGUAUUAGAGUCCCCAGCAAAACCUCUGUCUGAGCAAUACAAGCCUCUAUUAUGCUUUAGACUUUAAUGUCUUUUAAUACAUACAAAAUUCUGUACACUGUUAAAUGUUUCUCCCUCACUUAAGAGUAGACCCUCUACUGUAAGCAGUUGAUUGUAUCCAUCUUUAGAUACAUCUUUCAAAAUUCUUAUUCUAAUUGAAAACCAGAUGUAACAAUAAUAGACAAGUAAUGUCAUUGACACUCACGGGAAAACUAAGUACUAACUAAACCUUUCCUUCCUGUCCAUUCUUGUUAAAAUAUAUAUAUAUUCUGAUUUUUACUCUGGAAAAUUUAAAUGACUGCAUUUUUACUAAAUAUGUCUCUGUUGGUUCCCGAUGCUAAGUGAUUAUUCUUUCUGAAGUUGUAAUUUUGUGGGUUUGAACGAUUGAAUGAAACUUCAUUAACAACAGCUGCCGUAUCACUGUUAUUCCUGUAGAACAAAGCUGGCUAAUUGCUAUAAUACCUCAGUACUGGAAAAGACAAAAGGGCAAAGGGAGACCCUUAAUAACAGACCAUUUUCUAUAAUGUUUGGAACUUGCUGUGCAAAUUGGUGGUUUUAAGGAUUGGAGAACUACUGUAGUCUUCUCAUUAGCUGUACUUUACUAUGUAAUUAAAAUAUCAUUUAUAUCCCUAAAAAAGGAAAUAGCAAAUUGUACAGGGUAUGGAUAAUUUGGCUUGAUUUCGUAAGGACUGCUAUAAGAAAAACCAACAUAGCCUUACUAUCAAUUUUAAUUUAAGAAUUUUUAACUCAUUAAAAUAGGAAAGAAACUAACAUUGACUGGGUCACACAUUGUGCUGGGUGCUUUAUAUUCAUUAGAUCUCAUUUUAAUCUUCAUAAUGUUCUCAUUUUAUGGAUCAGUAGACUGAAGCUCUGAAGUCAUGUAAGCAAAAAAUUGUAUAAUAUGGUUUAUGUUCAUUAAUCCCUAAGCCAUAUGCUGAAUCAGAACUUUAAAAAAUUUCAGCGUUCCCAUGUUCUUAAUUUUACAUUUUGAAUCUACUCCAUCAACUUAUCAUUCAUAACACUUCCCUAAAAUACAAUGUACAUGUCAAAUAUUAACAGUGAAUUUGGAAAAACACCAUGAUUUCAGAAAUCCAUUUAAGUAGCCAAAAAUUCAGUCUGUUCAAUAAUAAUUUGUUUGGACUCAAAGAUAUUUUUCCCUUUUACCCAGUGCCAAGAUUCAUACAGGCAGCUUCCUUGCUGUGCCUUCUGCACAGUGGGUCUAUGUUAGCUGAGGGAAUAGCUUCUUGGGGUCUCUAGCAUACGUAGGGAUUUUCUAUUAGAUGCCCCAUUUUGAGCACUCCCUAGGUGCUCACAUAGCUAUCAAAAUUGAAGCUCAAGUUCACCAGAGUUUUGUUCAGUGUUUAUCCCAGCAUACAUGCAUGUGUUCCUGUACACGCCUGUCUUCACAGAACUAUGAUUGUUUCUGAGUGAGUGCUUUUUAUGUUAUUUUCUUGACUUUAUAGUUCAUAAUGAGUAUAUAUUGCUUUUGUAAUAAGAGAAAAUCAUACAGUCACUAUGAUAAAAAGACAAAGCAUCUUUAGAAUAAAAAAAAUUGAACCACCACGCAGAAUAUGAACAAAGAGCUAUAAUAGUGUAUUCAUAUAUGUAGGGCCUUAAUGAAUUGUUUUGUGUAAAGAAAUUUGCUAGAUGACAAGCAUGUUCCUUUCAAUACUAGAUUUUAUUUUAUUUUAUUUCAGCCAUCUCAAUGGACACUUUGUAAUAUACACUGAGCAUUUCCCCACUUUGUUCUUGCAGCCUGUUCCAGUAUUGGACUGUAGGCCUUAUGCUGAAUAAUUUCAGGUUGCCAAAUAAUGUAGUAGAUCCACUUUCUAAACAUUAAAAACAAACUAUGUUUUAUAAUAGUUUUCUCCCUCACAGUACCCUCUGUGUGGCUGAUUUUCUUAUACUUCCUUAAACUGGCUUCUUACAGAGAUAGCAGUAGAAUAGUCAAUUGAUAAAAUAAUGUCUAUUUUUAAAAUCAUUGUCCUCUUUUUAAGGACAAGGAACAUCCAAGACACCUGAUCCCAGAGCUUUGCAAACAGUUUUACCAUUUGGGCUGGGUCACUGGGACUGGAGGAGGAAUUAGCUUGAAGUAUGGCAAUGAAAUCUACAUUGCCCCUUCAGGAGUGCAGAAGGAACGGAUUCAGCCUGAAGACAUGUUCGUUUGUAACAUCAAUGAGCAGGAUAUAAGCGGACCUCCGCCAUAUAAGAAUCUAAAGAAAAGCCAGUGUACUCCUCUUUUUAUGAACGCUUACACUAUGAGAGGAGCGGGCGCCGUGAUUCACACCCACUCUAAAGCUGCGGUCAUGGCCACCCUCCUGUUUCCAGGACGGGAGUUUAAAAUUACACAUCAAGAGAUGAUAAAAGGAAUAAGGAAGUGUACCUCGGGAGGGUGUUAUAGAUAUGAUGAUAUGUUGGUGGUACCAAUUAUUGAGAAUACACCGGAGGAGAAAGACCUCAAGGAACGAAUGGCUCGUGCGAUGAAUGAAUACCCAGACUCCUGUGCGGUCCUCGUCAGACGUCACGGAGUGUAUGUCUGGGGAGAGACGUGGGAGAAGGCUAAGACCAUGUGUGAGUGUUACGACUAUUUGUUUGAUAUUGCUGUAUCAAUGAAGAAAGUAGGGCUGGAUCCUACGCAGCUUCCAGUUGGAGAAAAUGGGAUUAUAUGAGCCAAAUGGAAGUUUAUAUACAGAGACAAAGCCUAUCUUAAUUAUUACUUAAAUGAAACCUGACUGUUCUUUUUAAUUAAUUGAAAAUGUUCAUGCUGCCAUUACUUUGUCACUAAAUACUGCAGACAAUCACCCUGAAUCUCUCCUGACAUUGGAUGGUAUUUGCUUAAAUUCUUGUAAUUUUAAAUGACAAUACAGUAGAAUGAAAAUUUUGUAAUGAAUGUUUUUUAUUUUUAAAAUCCGUAACAGCAAAAUAUUUCUCUUUAAACUAACUCCACUUUUGUAUACACCCCCAGAGAAUCCUUCUUAUUCUUUAAAGCUGCUGGUAGUAAUAGAAUGCAUUGGGAAAUGCCUGCUUAAUUAUGGAAUGAACACUUUCCUGUUUUUGCCAAAACUAGUGGCUAGUUCUCCAUAUUUUAUGUGACUUUACAGUAGCAUUACUAGUGAUCGAUCCCUCCCUCCUGGAAACAUUUUCUCUAGGCCUCCACGACACCAGACUGCUGUGGUUUUCUAGGCUUUGGUGGUUCUUUUCUUGAAUUUUUCUCCUUUAUCAGCCUUUAAAAUGUUGGAGGGCCUCAGGGCUGUCUGCCCUUAACCAUAAUCUUUCUUUAUACUUUUUUCCUAGGAAAUCUUAUGCAGUGCCCUAGUUUUAAAUAUUACCUAUAUGCUAACGCCUCGCAUCGUUUUAUCUCCAGCCCAGACUUACCUCUCCACCUCCUCCUUCUCAUCAUUUGGAUGUCUAACUGGCAUCUUACACCUACCGGUACCUCCAAUACCUAAAACGAUGCCAUUGGUCUUUCUUCCGUAUAAGCCAUCAGCCUCCUCUCGCCCCCAAGGAUUUUUUGGAUGCCGAUGCCAAAAACCUCCCUGAGACAGACCUCUGUUUCGCUCACUGUAACUGCAAAAUCCUGGCACAUUGUAAGCCACUCAGUAAGUUCCUGUUUUCUGGGUUCUUGGUGGAGGUUCUUCCACCAGGGAAACAUAGUUUUGGUCACUUCUGCUUAGCCUCAUUUUAAAAAUGGAGCCAAUGAAGGAGACACCGUGGGUGCGAGAGCAGCCGUUUAAACUGCGCUGCCGCACAGUGUGUCUUCGUGCACAUGCCUCUUCACAGAAAAUGCAGAAAGGGUUUACAAACCUGCGCUAAAGGUGCGGGGAGGUAGCUGGCGAAGCCUAUCUGCGGCUUCAUUUUUUAUUCAGAAGAACCUGAUGCCUGUGGGGUGAGUGCUGGGAGCCGAGGCCCCCCGGGGAAUGCGCGUGAGUUCUGGGAGGGCUCCCUCGGGGUCUGGCGCAGGGUGCCCGGUGCGCACUCGGGGAAGGGGCCCGGCCUUCUUCCCAUGCCCUUUGGCUGCUGUUCUCGCAAUUAUUUCUACUUCUUUAAAUAAGGGGAAAUGUUAUGAAUGAAGGAUUAAACUGGCAAGAGAUCUAGAUCAAACACUUUUAUGUCAUUAAGUGCAGGACAUUCCACUCUCAGAUUGAAUAAGGGAUUAACAUAUUUUAGUCAAGAGCCUGUCAUUUGUUUCUCAAAUGAUUUUCGAGCCAUUUGGUCUCACCCAGCUCUUUUUUUAGAGGUACCUGAAAAUAACACAGUUCCUCAGAGUAUGGCCCAAACAAUCAGGCAAGUUCGUAACCUUGAGGGGAGUUCCAUCUUAGAGUUCAACGUGCUCAGCUACUUCCCUUUCAGUGAAGAAAAGUGCCGGCUCAUCAGCAAUUCUAGUGAAGGGGUCAGUGUGAGACUCGUAACAUAGAUAGCACUUUUCAAGAAGCAAUUCAAAGCCUCCCACCACAGUGCUGUAAAACAGGGCUUCGAGAGGGGGUGGGGGGGAGGGAAGGAAUUAGAUUUUCAUUUCACUGAUCUGUAUCUCUAAUCACGGAAUUGUCACGUCCAGGAUGAUGACCACUGAACUAGGUGUCCUUUUGUGAUUGUAAGUUAUAAGCAGUGCUCAUCUCUCUCACAGCUCUGUGUGUGCAAUUUUAUUGUUUGAAAGUACAUUUUCUGAAAAAUUAAAUCUGACUUAAGGAAAAAUAAA